AUGGGAGAUCUAGUCACGCCAUGUUUGGAGGAUCAUUUAGUGGUAUAUGCGUUGCAGUAUUUGCUACUGUGCUUGUUUUUCUUUCCCGAGGUGCGUUAUGUGAAGCAGAAUGUCCGUGGUAGAGCAUCAUCCAACCGUACCGCGCACAAGGGUCUAUCGGUGUACUUAGUGCUUAAUGCACUGGUGGUUGUCAUUGUGGCGGCUUACCGCCUAAUCGACGAUUCUGUAGCUGUCUGGCGAGAUGGAAUGGAGGUCUUUUCUUUGGUGGCCGUCCUCUUCCUUCAAAUUUACGCCACGAUUAGCCAUGUGGAUCAUGUCUUCCUAUUUACCUUUUGGACACUUCGAUUGCUUGCCCUCUCGAUAGACGUUGCGUUUGAUCGCACCGAGGCGUACAAUCUAGUGCAUCUAAUCCUAGCCUUCGGUUGGCUGUGCGGGUGCUUCGUUGGAUCUCGAUUUCGCAACAAUAAUCAUUCCAGUACUUGUUCGCCUACGCCUCCCGAACCGAAUCUCAUUCGUAGCUGGUUCUUUUCCUGGAUGAAUGCCACCUACCGGGAAGCUCACCGUGGUAGUCAAGCGUUCUACGAAGGCAAACUGUUUGGGACGCUGCAUGAUGAUUGUAGAUGCGAUACACUUUUGGAGCUGUACGAGCAAGCUAACGCAAAGCGUGGCUACACGGUGGUGGACGAUGGCAGUGGACAGAAGGACCGGGAACGGCAUCGAUUUACUAUCCGUCGGCUACUUGCACUCUUCCGUCGGGAUAUAUUACGGACCGGCGUGAAUCGGUUUGCACUGAUCGUGUUUUACUUUCUCUGUCCCUAUCUGCUGCGAGUUCUACUUGAAGAAAAUCAAUCUCGUAUGUAUCAGAAGUGGAUAGUGGUGGCAUUGUUUUAUGCAUCGAUAACGAUUGCCAUACUGAACACCCAGUACCAGCACGCCACACAAGAUAUCGGGCUGCGCAUCAAGUCCAUCCUGAUGGGUGCGAUCUACAGGAGCAUUCUUGCCGAAGCUUCCACCUCCAACACGUCCAGCGCAACGCUCACGACGGACACGAUGGUGUUUGUGCCGUUUGUGCAAGAAAUUCAUAUGAUGUGGUCCGGACCGCUCAUCAUCAUCAUUACGUUCGUUGCACUAUGGGUUUGGGUCAUAGGACCCAGUGGAGGUGUAGGUCUAAGCAUUAUGAUGCUCGUGAUCUACAUGACCAAACGCAUCGCACACAAGAUCUCCAACCAAGAGAAACACAUCAAACGCUGCAAGGAUAAUCGUGUACGUGUAACUACCAACUCGAUCGAACAAAUACAACAGAUCAAGAGCGAUCUGUUGGAAGAAUUUUUCGAACAACAAAUUGGCGAUAAUAGGCGAGAGGAGCUGCAUCACAUGGGAACGUUUAUUUGCUACGAUGCGCUCAAAUAUCUGCUCAGCAUCGUUACCCCAACGAUCGUUGCAUGUGGGACGUUCCUGUUCAUGUACUACGAGGGUAGUGGAGCACUGUUAACUGUGCAGUCAAUGUUUGUGGCGAUCGCACUAUUUAACAUUACGCGCUACCCAAUGACGGUGUUACCGAACCUGAUGACUAACUGGAGAAUUGCAAACGAAAAGCUUGAAGCGAUCAAUGCGAUUGUGUGCGGUGGUAAGAAGGAAGAGCCGAGCUUAAGGACACAAAAGAGCACAAAGCAUAAUGGAGCCCACAAAGGUAGCCUAGAGAAGAUGCAGGACGUUGGAAAUUCGCUCGUUGUUCAUCUGGGAGAUUCCAUAGCGGAUGCGUCAGGUGCGGAUAUUUUGAAGUUCGAGCGAGCACAGUUUUCUAUCGGUGAUCGGCCAAUCUUGAGGGAUAUUAACUUGAAGCUGCGUGUGGGGACUUUUACCGGUAUAAGCGGUACUCAUGGUUCGGGGAAGACUACACUGUUGCGUGCAAUGAUUGGCACGGUCCGCAGAACGGCGGGCCUAAGCAGCAUCAUGUGGAAAAGGGUGUCCUACUGUCCACAAACACCUUGGAUCCAUAGUGGCACCAUCCGGAGUAACAUUCUGUUCGGGCAGGAGUAUGAGCAGGAUCGCUAUGAGCAGGUCCUUCGUGUUUGCUGUCUCGAAGACGAUCUAAAAACAUUCCUAGACUACGACGAACGUGUUGUGAGUGAGGGUGGACACUCACUAUCUGGUGGACAGGCACGGCGAGUUUCGCUGGCCCGUGCCGUCUACCGACGCGCUGAUGUAUAUCUGUUCGAUGAUCCGCUCCGCUCACUGGAUCCGAACGUUUCCCGCACGGUGUUUGAAAAUGUGUUUAACCGUGACAGAGGAUUUCUAGUCGGUUGUACCUGUGUGUUUAUAUCACACGAACCAGAGCAUUAUGCCAUAGCGGAUAGGGUACUGGUGAUGGCCGAAGGUACGAUCGAAAGGGUACUCAAUCCUACCGAAAUCGGUGAUCAACUUGUUGAUCAAAUUGCACGAGAAGACCAGCUGGAAAGCGAUCAGCAACAGGUGGCUGAAGAAGGUCCUAAGCGAAAAACUAAGCGUGCGAAGAAAGUCCACGGAAAGAGUAAAGAGAAUUCCCGUGGUAGUGUUUCACUAAAGCUGUACAUCAACUUUGCACGCCUACUCAAGCUGCCGUAUUGUGGUGGCGUUGUGUUGUUGGAGGUAUUGACCGUUGGGCUGGAUAUCGUCAUCACUACGCUUCUAGCACAGUGGGCUACAAGUGACAAGCGGUCGAACGGAGAUCUUCUCACUACUUUGGGGAUCGUUUGUGUAUGGUCGUUUGCUGUGUUACUGAAGACAGGAUUACUGCAGUGGGGUGGCCUACAGUUAUCAAAAUUCGUUCAUUCCCGAAUGCUUGCCACCAUUCUACGCCAACCGAUGGAAUUCUUCGAUCGCAAUGAUUCAGGCGUGAUUGUGAAUCGCUUCUCGAACGAUCUUAACAUCGUGGAUGUAAAGAUCAUCACCAAUCUACGUGCAGUGCUGAGCGCUUCAUUCAGUGUACUUGGAACAUUAGGUCUUUUUGUCUUUAAGCUGUACAACAAUAUCUUACUAUCUCUGCUGGCACUUACGGCAGCAGUUUUCUUAGUGUUUGGUCUGAAGCAAUUGCUGAGCUACCAUUUACAGGUGGCACGCACAUUAAAACGUUUUGAGGCGAGUUCACGAUCCCCUAUCAUACUGCAGUAUAACGAAACGAUCCAGGGUAUCGAUACGAUCAAAGCGUACAAUGCGGAGGGACGAUUCCUGCGACAGUUCCUUGAACGGAUCGAUACGCAUCAAAACUACAUUUACUACAAUAACUCCGCCAACCGUUGGAUUGGCAUCCGGCUAGAGUUUGUCGGUGCGAUUGUUAUCUACUAUGUGGCGCUUCUUACCGUCAGCAAUCAGUCGAUGGUUGGGUUAGCUUUUGUGGGAAUCAUCGUUAGCUACGUGUUGCGCCUGAUUCCAUCCCUAAACAGCCUUUUGCUAGCGUCCGGCUUACUGGAAGAAAACAUCAUAUCGUUUGAGCGUGUGGCACAGUAUCUGGAUUUGCCGCGCGAAACUAAUGACGAAACGGGCAUCGACUAUCCAACUGCAGGACAAGAAAAGCUACCUGUUCGGGGACCGAUCGAGUAUCGUGAUGUUUCGCUGACCUACUCCGAUGGAUCAACGGUUCUUCAUAACCUCACACUUACGAUUGGUGAGGGCGAAAAGUUGGGAAUCGUUGGUCGAACUGGUUCGGGUAAAUCGAGCUUUAUUGGGACAUUGUUCCGGUUUUACCCUUCCAAUACAUCCGGUACCAUUCUCAUUGCUGGUGUAGCCUUAAAGGACAUAUCGCUCAGGAAGCUUCGCACUGAGCUUACUCUCGUGCCUCAAAGUACAAGCUUAUUUGCAGGGCUGGUACAAAAUUUCAUUGACCCAUGGAAGACUCAUACGAUCGAGCAGCUGCAAACAAUUAUGCGCCAGUGUGAGCUAGGUAAUGUUAGCUUAGGCGCAACGCUGCAAGAACUUUCCGACGGUCAACGGCAGCUUUUGUGUCUGGUGCGUGGUCUGCUGCGUAGGAAACCGAUCAUCAUACUGGACGAAGCCACCUCGGGGUUGAAUGCAGACACGGAGGAUCUUAUACUGAAGGUGUUUCACAAACAGUUUCACGAUCGUACCGUACUGAUGAUCGCACAUCAUCUGAAUACAGUGAAGAGCUGUGAUCGUAUACUGUGGUUGCAGGAAGGGCGUGUUCGUAAAAUUGCUCCACUGCACGAUUACACGGCAGAGGAACGUGCCGAGCUGGGGUUCCGAGAUUAGUACUUAAAUGUAACGGUUUGU